AUGCCUCUACCUCCAGGUCCGGCGUACUUGCUACAGAACCUGCCCUCGCUCUUGUUUCCCCCAGCUAGUGCAAUCCUCGCAGCCAAGCUUCUUACACACCACGGCGUUGCUGUACCCACCUGGGCGCUCCUCCUCUCAUGCGUGCUUGCCUUCCCAACAGCCGUCUUCCUGCGCGUGCUGUACAGGGAUGUGCGCGACCGCCGUGCUGCGGCAAGGCAUGGUGCGGUAUUGCCUCCCGCGGUGUAUGAUCGCUGGCCGGGAGGUGUGACGCUCCUGGCAAAGACACUGGACAAUUUCAGGAAUGGAUAUCCUGGCGAUAUGUUUGUCGAGUGGUCGGAGAAAUAUGGACAUACGUGGAAUUUACGGGUGCUGUUCGAAAAUAGGUUCUUUACGACGGAGCCAGAGUAUAUCAAAGCUAUCCUCGCGACACAAUUCGAGAACUUUGAAAAAGGCCCUCUGUUUAAUGACCAGAUGCGGUCGGUGUUGGGAACGGGCGUGUUCAACUCUGACGGAGAAAUGUGGAAAUUCCACCGCGCAAUGACCCGCCCCUUCUUCAGCAAAGACCGCAUCACGCACUUUGACAUCUUCGACCGGCACGCCUCGGACGCCCUCUCCCAGCUCCGCACGCGCUUGCGACAAGGUGCACCAGUCGACAUCCAGGACCUUGCGUCGCGCUUCACGAUGGACGCCGCGACAGAGUUUCUGUUUGGGAAUGACGUGAGAUCGUUGGAUGCAGGGUUACCUUAUCCAUUUUACUGCUACGAGUCCGAGUCUGGUUCACACUCCAUGGCAGACGCAAGCUUGGUAUCGGCUGCCCGUGCAUCCCUUCCGCACCAGCAAGCCCACCCCGCGACGCUCUUCUCCAAAGCGUUCGACGAGGCGCAGAGGCUCAUCGCGCUGCGCUCGCGUCGUGGAGUCAAUUGGCCGCUCGCAGAAUUUUGGAGGGAUGAAGUGAGCGUGCAGAUGGAAGUUGUAAAUGGGUUUGUGGAGCCGAUUUUGAGAGCGGCAGUGGAGAGGAAGCGUGCGGCUGUUGCGGCGGGGGAUGAGAAGGGUGUAGGUGAGAACGGGGAGAAGGUUGCAUUGACGGCGGAUAGAGAGGUGAAGGAUGGGGAAAGUUUGUUGGACCAUUUGAUCAAUUACACCGAAGAUGAGACGGUCCUUCGGGAUGAGAUUUUGAAUAUUCUUUUAGCCGGGCGUGAUACUACAACAAAUAGCAUCACCUACGCCGUCUACAUGCUCGCCGAGCACCCCACUGUGCUCCACCGCCUGCGCGCAGAGAUCCUUGACAAAGUCGGUCCAACGCGCCGGCCAACAUUCGAGCAAGUUAAAGAGAUGAGGUAUCUCCGCGCGGUGAUUAAUGAGACCUUGAGGCUUUAUCCUGCUGUGCCGUUUAACAUCAGGUCUACGGCGCACCCUGUCAUCUUACCGGGCAAGUAUGGAAACAAACCGUUUUAUCUCCCGGCAGGCAGCAAAGUACCGUAUAGCGUGUUGUUGAUGCAUAGGCGCAAGGAUUUGUGGGGGCCCGAUGCGGACGUGUUUGACCCUGAUAGGUUCUUGGAUGAGAGAUUGAAGAAGUAUGUCACGCCGAACCCGUUCAUCUUUUUACCGUUCAAUGCGGGGCCGAGGAUAUGUCUUGGGCAGCAGUUCGCAUACCACGAGACGUCCUUCUUCCUCAUCCGACUCCUCCAGCAAUUUUCGAACAUCACGCACGCGUACGAUGCACAGCCGCCUGCAUCGCGCCCACCUGCUGAUUGGCUUGCGGGCAGUGAGGGUCCGAAGGGAAGGGAUCGGAUAAGGAUGAAGAGUUACAUGACGAUGAGUGUGUUGGGUGGGUGUUGGGUACGUAUGGAGGAGGCAAGGGGGUGGGAAGGCGGGGAAGGGGAGGGGGAGGAUGUUGUUUGA